GUUAACCAGCCGAGGCCGGAGCCGCGCAAGAACGUCGCGAAAAUGGACAUUGGUUCGGCCCAAGGUAUUGCGUCCACCAAUGAACAGUCCUCCACUUCAGGCAGCCUUUCUUACAUCUGCGAAGCUCCCCCCGACGCCGAAGAGCCUACCGACAACGCAGAAUACCCGAAAGAGAUGGACGUUGACAGCGCCACUCCUGCUUCUAAAUCAUCUUCCAAGAAGAAGAUCCAUCGAUCGAAAAUCAACCGCCGCCGCAAACCAAGAAACCAAAUCACGUUUCCGCAGACGAGGGGCAAGGGUGCCUUGAAACCAUUCUCCGAAUCGCGUACGAGAGUUCAAAAGCGACGUUAAUCAACGGCAUAUUUCCUUUCUUUCCUUUUCGCUCCACACUUUCAUGCAUGUACUCAAACAUCUGCUCAUACCCAUGGCGGAAGUACUAGGUAAGCCGGUUUGGCGUUCGCGGCAAUGUUGCAUUUCUGGCGUUGUCGGGUGGAACGAGACUGUUGCCUGGUAUGCCGGGCGCGGCUCGACUAAAUAUGACUCACGGAAUGGAACCGGAUGAUACCACGUCCUUAGUGGACACUUCUUCAUAAUUCAAU